AUGCCUCUCAUCAUCAUCUCAGGCUUCCCGUCGUCAGGCAAAACUACCCGCGCAAACGAGAUCAAGGCCGCUCUCCUGUCCAAAAUUGAAUCAACUUGCUCCUCACUAAAGGUCCACCACAUCUCCGACGACACCCUCCACAUCCCACGAGAGAUCUACAGAGAUACCAAGAAGGAGAAGAGUGCACGUGGGACACUGCUAAGUGCUGCCGAACGUGUACUAUCACCAAAUGACAUCGUUAUCCUCGAUUCGAUGAACUACAUCAAAGGCUUCCGUUAUCAACUCUACUGCAAAGCAAAAGAGUUCUCUACACCGCACUGUGUGGUCCACGUCGGUGUUCCCAUCGAUAUAUCCCGGGAAUGGAACAAAGCGCGGGGUGCGGAAGGAUACCCCGAAGACGUCCUAGAAGCACUCUUGAUGCGAUACGAGGAGCCAAAUGCGAUGACGAGAUGGGAUUCACCGUUGUUCACCAUCCCAGCACAUACAGACGAGAAAGCCCCCGUCGAUGACAUCUGGGACGCACUACACAACAAAGCAAUCAAACCCAAUUCCGCAACCGUUCUCAAACCCGCCCUCGCAAUGGACUACUUAACAACCCUCGACCGCCAUACCCAGGAAAUCACAAAAUUCAUCUUGGACGCACAGACUACGCAUUCUGCGGGUUUAUUACCUAUCCCGGACUGUACGAUCGAGUUUGAGAUGCCGGUGGAGGGGGUAAGCAUGCCCAAGAUGCAGAGAUUACGGAGGCAGUUCGUGGGGUUGAACAGGAUGCAUGCCAUGGAGACUGGAAGGAUCAGGGAACUCUUUGUGGAGUUUCUGAAUGGGCAAUUGAGUGAGGCGGAUGAGUGA